AUGGCUCCCUCUGUGACGGAAACCCAGAGCGUCGCCGACCAGAAGCAACCGCAGCACUACAAACUGCAUCUUGGCCAGUACAAGGAGAUUGAUGCCGUCUUCUACCCUCACUACCUCCCGACCUGGGACCGCACGCAGUCCUGGCCUCCCUUGGAGCCCUACGAGCACUACGAGCACGGCAAGGACGCCGACACCUCCUACCCGAACCUGCUCCCCCCCGGCGCCGCCUCCGUCACCGACCUGACGCCGUCCAUCGGCAGCGAGGUGCGCGGCGUGCAACUCUCCGCCCUCUCCGACGCCGGCAAGGACGAGCUCGCCCACUUUGUCGCCACGCGCAAGGUCGUCGCCUUUCGCGGGCAAGACUUUGCGGACCUGUCCAUCCCGGACGCGCUCGCGUACGGGGAGUACUUUGGCCGGCACCACAUCCACCCGACGUCGGGCGCGCCGGAGGGCCAUCCGGAGAUCCACCUGGUGCACCGCGGCGCCGGCGAUCGCGGCCACGAGGCGUACUUCAAGGCGCGCACCAGCUCCGUCGCCUGGCACUCGGACGUCUCGUACGAGAAGCAGCCCCCCGGGACCACGUUCCUGUACAUCCUAGACCGGCCGGAGACGGGUGGUGACACGCUGUUCGUGGACUCGGCGCAGGCGUACAGACGGCUGAGCCCGCUGUUCCAGGAGCGCCUGCACGGGCUGCGCGCGACGCACUCGGGCAUCGAGCAGGUCAACGCGGCCGCGGCGCGGAACAGCAUCAAGCGUCGGGAGCCGGUCGUCAACGACCACCCGAUCGUCCGCACCCACCCGGCCACCGGCGAAAAGGCCCUCUACGUGAACCCCCAGUUCACCCGUGAUAUUGUCGGCCUCAAAAAGGAAGAGUCCGACACGCUGCUCAAGUUCCUGUACGACCACCUCGCGUACGGCGCCGACUUCCAGGCCCGCGUCAAGUGGGAGGAGGGCACCGUGGUCGUCUGGGAUAACCGCGUGACGCAGCACACUGCGCUGGUCGACUGGGAGAACGGCCAGCGCCGCCAUCUGGCGCGUCUGACGCCGCAGGCCGAGCCGCCAUACGAGACUCCCUUCGUGGCGCCCAAGUAA